ACCCGGAUCCAGAAGAGGAUGGGGAAGCAGAACAGCAAGCUGCGCCCCGAGGUGCUCCAGGACCUGCGCGAGAACACCGAGUUCACAGACCACGAGCUUCAGGAGUGGUACAAGGGCUUCCUAAAAGAUUGCCCAACGGGCCAUUUGACUGUGGAAGAGUUCAAAAAAAUCUACGCGAAUUUCUUCCCGUACGGCGACGCGUCGAAGUUUGCGGAGCACGUCUUCCGCACCUUCGACACCAACGGCGACGGCACCAUCGACUUCAGGGAAUUCAUCAUCGCCUUGAGCGUCACCUCGCGCGGCAAGCUGGAGCAGAAGCUGAAGUGGGCGUUCAGUAUGUACGACCUGGACGGCAACGGGUACAUCAGCCGCGGGGAAAUGCUGGAAAUAGUGCAGGCAAUCUACAAAAUGGUUUCAUCGGUAAUGAAAAUGCCAGAAGAUGAAUCCACUCCCGAGAAGCGUACAGACAAGAUCUUCAGACAGAUGGACACAAACAACGAUGGUAAGCUGUCGCUGGAAGAGUUCAUCAAAGGUGCCAAGAGCGACCCGUCCAUCGUGCGGUUGUUACAGUGCGACCCCAGCAGCGCGAGUCAGUUCUGACUCGAGCGGACAGUGUGCACAGAGAAUCUCGGCUUGUGUCCUUCAAGCUUUGCUCGCAAACGGAUGCCUUCUCAACCACCCCUCCACACUCUGCGGGUCAGAUCCCACUGCCAGAUCGUGCGUGUGUGUGUCUGAGCGGACCGGCCCUCGCUCCCCUAACUAACACCAGUGCAGCUCUCCUUCGGCAGCUCCGUUUCUGCUUCCCUGUAAUGUUACAGUUCACUCUGCACAUUUUCAGCGUUAAUCGAAGGGUAUGUUUACAUGCAGCUACAAAAGAGUUCAAGUCGCUGGUGAGAUACCACUUCACUUAGUCCGUAAGAAAGGUGAUGUUCUAGUAGUUCCCGACAAGAUGCUAGGUAGGACCUUUACCAACGUAGCAGAUGGUAGAUAAUUUAUUUUGCUUCAGAAAUUACUAUGUAAAAAAAAAAAAAGUGUGGACUGAAUGGAGU